CUGAUGCUGAAAAUAAAACCUACACUCGUCCAUUUCGUCAAAAGUUGUACAACAGAGUGGUUUGGACUGGUUCAGCGCUGGUCAAUCGUUUGUUGAUUAUCUCGACCAGGAAAUUCUUCUCUCCAAUUGACGAUCAUCAUGGCUGCCGUAGCUACCAAGGACAUUGAGAAACCAGUCGUUGAGACUGCGACCGUGCAUCGCAUCCGUAUCACGCUGACAUCCCGGAACGUUCGCAGCCUGGAGAAGGUGUGUGCCGAUCUGAUUGCCGGGGCUAAGAAGCAGAAGCUGCGCGUCAAGGGUCCAGUUCGCAUGCCGACCAAGAUCCUCCGCAUCACGACCCGUAAGACUCCUUGCGGUGAAGGUUCGAAGACUUGGGAUCGUUUCCAGAUGCGCAUCCAUAAGCGUAUCAUCGAUCUGCACUCGCCAUCGGAAAUCGUGAAACAAAUCACCUCGAUUAACAUGGAACCCGGUGUAGAGGUUGAGGUGACGAUUGCUGACCCAUAAGCUGCUGCUCCCGAACCCUCCAGUUCUGGACGACCGGUAUGUGAUCAGUAUCUCUCUGUCUCGCUGGU